CCUCUCUGAUGGUAUGGGGGUGCAUUAGUGCCUCUGAUAUUGGCAGCUUUCACAUUGGGAAAGGCUUUAAUGCAGAAAAGUAUCAACUGGUUUUAGAACAUGUUCACCCAUGCAGUAAAUUUAAAUCCUGCAAAGUUGCCCCAGAACUGCACAUCUAGAAUCAGACAAGAAUGUGUUGACCAGUUUGAAUUCUGCUAUAAAUAGUUGAUUAAAGUUCCACUGGGUGAUUAAUAAACAGUUAGGGCAGUGUGGAAUAAUUGCACAAAGGACUUGCCAUAAAAGACAGUACUCCCACCCUCCAGAGUUUGGUCCAUUACAAAACAAGGAUCAGAUCACUCUGAGCCCAGACACCUUCACACUGACAGAAACAUGCUGACUCCGGUGGUGCUGGUUCUGAUCUGGACCAGGUUCGGGACUACCCUGACCCAGCCCCUCGGGUCCCCAUUACCAGACCCUGUCCCACAUCAUGCACCUUGUUUAGUGGAGGAGACCCUCUCAGCGCUGCGUGAAGCUGUGAGGGAUGAUGGAGACCCCACAGACCCCACUCUGACCCGGUUUGGGAUCUGUUCGGAUUCUGAAAACUCAGCCCGCUCACUUUUAUCAGGACUUGCUGAGGAAAGAAGAAACCGAACAGAAUGUGUGGAAGUUCUGCAUCCAGCUGCAGUGCAGCUGUCAGAAGAAGACGAUGAAGAAACCAUCAYGAUAACCAUUGACAUCCCACAGUCCUCUUUACACAAGCAGAAACCGGUGCUGCUCUUAGUGUUUGAAAGCCUCCUCACAGGUGGAGAACUGGCUGUAGUUUUCAGCAGUCAGUCUCUGCAGCCAAACACACAGUCUGCCUGCAUCUCAGAAGGAACACAGUACAUCCUGCUGACAGCAAAGCCACCAGAGGGGGAUGUUGAGCAGAGAUGGARAAUAUCUGCUAAGGCCAAAUCCCCUGACAUGAAGCAAAGCCUAAAAGACUGGUGGAAAACCACUGGUGGAAAACCAGGAAGUAACAUUCGCCUGACUCCACUUCUGCUUUUCUGUGCAGAAAAGGGAACAGAAACAAGACACACAAACAUCUCCGGUUCACCAGGGGUCUCUUCUCAGACCGCCUUCCUCUGUGAGCUGAGGCGCUUCCUGGGUGUUGUCCUGCCAUGGGACUACUCCAACGCCCCUCAGUUCCGACUAGACUCCUUACAGUCCCUGCCACCCCUGACCCUUGGCCCGUCCUCCACCGAAGUCCUGCUGGCAGGGAUCAUCAACUCCUCCGCUCCGACCAUCUUCUCUUUCCAUAGCUGGAGCUCCAGGUUUCCGGCUCGUCACAGACAGCUGGCCCUCUCCCCGGCUCUGUUAGAAGAGCUGGGGCAGAAGUUGGAGAAGAGUGAACUGCAGAUAAUGGAGUUAGAAAAAGAGAAAAAGGUCGCUCACGGAACCAUGGAGAAGCUGGAGAGGCUCAAGGAGCUCAGUGCUUUCCAGAGGACUGACGCAGCAGACGGAGGGAGUCAGUACUGUGCGUUCCUUCUGCUGAAGGCCCUGCAGACUGUGACCCAUGAAUAUGACAUGCAGAAGUGGCUGCGGCCCACCAGAGCAGACUCCAACAGUCCACAGAUGAGGGACACCUGCGGGUUGAAAAGUCUCGUCGUGUCCUUUGAAAGCUUUGUUCACGGCCCGCAAAGUGCCAACAUCUAUACCUGCCGAGGCUCGUGUGCUCCCCCCCUGGCCAACGACAUCGGCAACAACCACGCCAUCCUGCUCAACUCCCACAUCGAGAGUGGCAACACGGACGAGCGGGCGCCGUGCUGUGUGCCCGUGGCCUAUGACCCUCUGCAGGUCGUAGAGUUGAAAGAUGGGGGCUCCUUCAUCUACAUCAAGCAGGAUAUGAUUGCUAAGGAGUGUGGCUGUCGCUAAAACAGCUUCCCUCCUGCAGGUAACCUGACUUGUUCUUUUAAUUGGCAUGCAGGGAACCUUAAGGCUUAUGAGUUAUGAUAAUUAUAAAUAUUUCUUUCAUACAAAUUGUGCGUGACAAACUGUGUCACUCUUAAAAUGAACAUUUCACUCAACUCUAGAAUUUACUCGUCUUUGUCUUCUAAAUAUUUAAUACACAUAUUAUUAUUGUUAAUAGUAUUUUAGGACUUCAAAAAUAAAGUGUGAUCUGUUAUUCUGAGUUAUGUAAAAAACAUUAGAUUCAUUAAAAAUAUUACAAAUGAGUCUCAAUAAGUCAAUUCUUGUAAGAUGAAUUAAAUUGUGCAGCAAAAUAAAACUUCACAAACCCAUUUUACUUUAAUUAAAACCAAA